AUGCUCGCCAACGCGGCCACGAUGCGGAUCCUCAUCAAGGGGGGGAAGGUGGUGAACGACGACUGCACGCUGGAGGCGGACGUCUACAUCGAGAACGGCAUCAUCCAGCAAGUGGGCCGCGAGCUCAUGAUCCCCGGCGGGGCCAAGGUCAUCGACGCCACCGGCAAGCUCGUCAUCCCCGGCGGCAUCGACACCAGCACCCACUUCCACCAGACCUUCAUGAACGCCACCUGCGUGGAUGACUUCUACCACGGCACCAAGGCAGCCCUGGUGGGAGGGACGACGAUGAUCAUCGGCCACGUCCUGCCCGACAAGGAGACGUCGCUGCUGGACGCCUACGAGAAGUGCCGCAGCCUGGCUGACCCCAAGGUGUGCUGCGACUACGCCCUGCACAUGGGCAUCACCUGGUGGGCGCCCAAGGUGAAGGCGGAGAUGGAGACGCUGGUGCGGGAGAAGGGGGUGAACUCCUUCCAGAUGUUCAUGACCUACAAGGACCUCUACAUGCUGCGCGACAGCGAGCUCUACCAGGUCUUCCGCGCCUGCCGCGACUUCGGCGCCAUCGCCCGCGUGCACGCCGAGAACGGCGAGCUGGUGGCCGAGGGAGCGAAGGAGGCGCUGGAUCUGGGCAUCACGGGGCCCGAGGGCAUCGAGAUCAGCCGGCCUGAAGAGCUGGAAGCCGAGGCCACGCACCGCGUCAUCACCAUUGCCAACAGGACCCACUGCCCCGUCUACCUGGUGAACGUCUCCAGCAUGUCGGCGGGGGACGUGGUGGCCGCCGCCAAGAUGCAAGGGAAGGUGGUGUACGCGGAGACGACCACGGCGCACGCCACGCUCACCGGGCUGCACUACUACCACCAGGACUGGUUCCACGCCGCAGCCUACGUCACCGUGCCGCCCCUCCGCCUGGACACCAACACCUCCGCCUACCUCAUGAGCCUGCUCGCCAAUGACACGCUGAACGUCGUCGCCUCCGACCACCGGCCCUUCAGCACCAAGCAGAAGGCCAUGGGCAAGGAGGACUUCACCAAGAUCCCGCACGGCGUCAGCGGGGUGCAGGACCGCAUGAACAUCAUCUGGGAGCGAGGCGUGGUCGGGGGCAAGAUGGACGAGAACCGCUUCGUGGCCGUGACCAGCUCCAACGCCGCCAAGAUCCACAACCUGUACCCGCGCAAGGGCCGCAUCAUCCCCGGGGCCGACGCCGACGUCGUCGUGUGGGACCCUGAGGCCACCAAGACCAUCUCGGCCAGCACCCAGGUGCAAGGGGGAGACAUCAACCUCUACGAGAACAUGCGCUGCCACGGGGUGCCCCUGGUCACCAUCAGCCGCGGGCGCGUGGUCUACGAGAACGGCGUCUUCAUGUGCGCCGAGGGCACCGGCAAGUUCUGCCCCCUCCGCUCCUUCCCGGACUCCGUCUACAAGAAGCUGGUGCAGCGGGAGAAGAGUUUAAAGCUCAGGGGUGUGGAUCGCACCCCGUACCUGGGGGACGUGGCCGUGGUUGUGCAUGCCGGGAAAAAAGAGACGGGGACGCCCCUGGCCGAUACGCCCACCCGGCCGGCCACCCGACACGGGGGCAUGAGGGACCUUCACGAGUCCAGCUUCAGCCUAUCCGGUUCGCAGAUCGAUGACCACGUUCCAAAGCGAGCUUCGGCCCGGAUUCUCGCUCCCCCCGGAGGCCGGUCGAGCGGCAUUUGGUAA